CAGCUUUUAAGGGAAAUGUUUUUGUUGUUGACUUUAAAUCAACGAAUGGUAAGACAAUCGUUCCCACAAUUCAUAUCUUAGAAGAUUGUACUAAAACACAAGAGAGAAAAAAACUCGCAACAGAAGACCAGAACGACUUUUCUUCUUACAAAAGCAAGAUGUAUAUUCCCGGUGUUACGGUGAACAUCAGUAACAAUUCAGUCAUCUUCUGUCCUGCUUAUCGCCAGAGCCUUGCUCUACAGAUUGGUAAAACUGGUCUUUACGCUUUGAUCAUAUCACUGUCGCUGAUUGGAAAUACCAUUGUCAUCCUCACAGUCUACAAAAACCAACAUAUGCGAAGUGUUACAAACUUAUUCAUCUCCAGCCUGGCGGCAAGCGAUCUUCUCAUUACCUUUCUUGGCAUGCCGAACAUGAUUACCCAAGUGUAUCUUUUUGAUAAAUGGAUUUUUGGCGAAGCCGUGUGCAAGAUGGUAGUUUUUUUACAAAGCGUCUCUGUAGCCAGUUCAGUUCUCACGCUAUUGGUCAUCACCAAAGAUCGCUUUGUGGCUAUCAUUUUCCCGUUUCACGCGCGUAUGGAAUUUAACGCUGCUAGAAUCAUACUUGCAGUUAUUUGGGUAGUUGCACUCGGUGUGAUGGCGCCUUUGAUUUAUGCAACGCGAGUUCAAACUGGCGAACUUGGAUACGAAGUUUGUUACGAAGACUGGGCGCCCGCUUUUGACCGCAUCAACGCGCCAAAGAACUACACAGUUAUUCUCUUUGUAACUCUUUAUUUAAUUCCUUUAAUCACAAUGGCUGUGUUAUACUCAAUUAUCGCGAGGAAACUUUGGAGAAGAAAGCAAGUCGGGGAACAAGUCACCAAUGUUGACCCAGCACAAACAUCGCGCAAGAAAGUAAUAAAAAUGCUGAUUACCGUUGUUGUGUUGUUCGCAGCGUGCUGGCUUCCUCUGUAUGUAUAUCAAUUUAUUGGCUUUUUUGCUCUCCAUAGGUUUCCAUGCUUUGAUUACAACUAUAUUUUUUAUUUCACAUCGUUGUUUUUGAGCCAUGCAAACUCAGCUAUCAACCCUUUUCUCUACGCGCUGUUUAAUCGAAAUUACCGCGAAGGUUUUCGCGUGGCUUGUCGCUGUUUCCGGGGACAGAAGGAGCAGAGAGCCGGUGAGAAUAGGAGGACCAUGCACUUCAAUACAUCCGUCAUACGGAAUGGUUCAGAUGAAUCGCCUCCUCAAGAAGGUGUCAAAAACACUCAGCUAAAACCAGCUUUAACCAAAAGUGACUGUCAUAGCUUUUUUGCAUUGGGAUAUACUAGAACUUUCUCCCCAAACAAAACGAUUUACGAAAAAAGUGAAGGAAAGGCCAAAAAACAGGAUGGAAUCACUGGAAUUUCUUUCGCGUCGAGGCGCCGUUCGGAUUCUGAGUCGUUAAGCGGUAGUGUUAUAAUGCAGUUUUCGAAUCUUUGCUAUGAGAACGAUACUGACGACUUACAAUGAUUGAUAUCAUAUAUUCAGCAAUGACAUCUAACUAUACAUUCUCCUCAAAGUGAGUAAUCAUGUUAAAGGCAUUUAACCGGCAACAUCACAUAGUCCAGUCCAUAAUCAUAGCUUCUUUCUGCAAAGAUAACGAGACGGAUAACACUCCAACAGACAAUAGAAAAUAUUUAUUCUAACUAGCGUGGUACCCAAAGAAAGAUGGGGAUUUUAUCUAAGGGAUUGUUAUUUAAUUCUAGGAUAAUCAGUAAUAAACCCGGCUUAAAAAGUUUUGUCCCGGCACUAGUCAGUCCAUGUAGUAAAUUAAGCAGCAAGUUGGAAUUGUAAAUGUAAAUGAAAGCUUGAAAUCAAUAAACGUAUCUACACAAAAAGGGA